UACCAUCGUCGCCGCCGCUGCAGCCGUCAAUCUUACGGCGGUGUUGGAGUACGCGAGCGCAGCUGAGUGCUGCAAGCUGGCCGCGGCCGCGAGCAUUGCGCAUCCGGACGAGAUCGACGCGAUUAGGGGUGACGAGAUCAUCAUGACGGACACGGCAGCCGCCACCGCUGCCGCCGUCGCCGCCGCCGCCGCGGCUGACACGCAGAAGCGGGCCAACUUUUCGGCGCUGACAGUCGGCAAUCCGAACGGCGUCAACAAGAUCUCGCCGAGCCUCGCGAACGCGAAGCCCGGCUCCGCGAAGAAGCUCGUCAUCAAGAACUUCAAAAAACAACGGCUUUCUUCCAUAGAUAAACCCAAACUACCAGAUAACUAUCAGGAGCAGACAUGGGAAAAAUUGCAGGAGGCUGUGGUUGCCAUACAGACCAGCAAGAGCAUUCGCUAUUCUCUCGAGGAGCUUUAUCAAGCGGUCGAGAAUAUGUGUAACCAUAAAAUGGCUUCGACGCUUUACUCGAAUUUAACCAUUCUGACGGAAUCUCAUGUGAAAGCCAAUAUCGAGCAGUUUUUAGCGGAAUCGAUGGACAGACAUAUAUUUUUGAAGAAGAUGAAUGAAUGCUGGCAGUCGCAUUGCAGACAAAUGAUAAUGAUCAGGAGCAUCUUUCUGUAUCUCGACAGGACAUACGUUCUACAAAAUCCGAGCAUUUCAUCGAUAUGGGAUAUGGGAUUGCAUCUAUUCAGACUACACAUUGUGCUGAACAAUCUAGUGCAAACGCGCACGGUUGAGGGUCUUCUUAUGCUCAUAGAAAAGGAACGACAAGGCGACACUGUAGAUCGAACGCUUCUCAAAUCGCUGUUGAGAAUGUUGUCGGAUCUACAAAUCUAUCAGGAGGCCUUUGAAACAAAGUUCCUAGUGGCUACCGAAAGAUUGUAUGCUGCCGAGGGUCUACGAUUGAUGAACGAACACGAUGUUCCUGAAUAUUUGGCUCACGUGGAUAAGCGUUUACAAGAGGAAAACGAACGACUGCUCCAUUAUCUUGAUACAUCGACCAAAUGGUCGCUCAUACAUACUGUAGAAAAACAAUUACUGUCUGAACAUAUUACUAGUAUUUUACAGAAAGGCUUAAGCGGGCUAUUGGAUGAAAACAGAAUUAGCGAUUUAUCAUUACUUUACAAUUUAUACAGUCGGAUAAAAAAUGGCCUUGUGGAGCUGUGUUUGAAUUUUAAUUGUUAUAUCAAAAAGAAAGGCAAGACGAUAGUUAUAGAUCCUGAAAAAGAUAAAACGAUGGUACAGGAACUUUUAGAUUUCAAAGAUAAAAUGGAUAAUAUAGUUAAUACAUGCUUUCAUAAAAACGAAAAAUUCGCAAAUAGCUUAAAAGAAGCUUUCGAGGCUUUCAUUAAUCAAAGGGCAAACAAACCAGCCGAAUUAAUAGCUAAAUUUGUCGAUUGUAAGUUACGCGCAGGUAAUAAAGAAGCGACGGAGGAGGAAUUAGAGAGAUUAUUAGAUAAGAUUAUGGUACUCUUUCGGUUUAUUCACGGAAAGGAUGUUUUCGAGGCGUUUUAUAAGAAGGAUUUGGCCAAACGUUUGUUAGUGGGAAAAUCAGCUUCCGUAGACGCUGAAAAGUCCAUGUUGUCUAAAUUAAAACAGGAAUGCGGUGGUGGAUUUACUAGUAAGCUGGAAGGAAUGUUCAAAGAUAUGGAACUUAGUAAAGACAUUAAUAUUGCAUUCAAGCAGUAUGCAGGAAACUUGCAGAGCGAAUUAGUGGCAAAUAAUCUAGACCUAACUGUAUCUAUACUUACCAUGGGAUAUUGGCCUACAUAUCCAGUGAUGGAAGUCACCCUACCGAUGGAGAUGGUGCAGUAUCAAGAUGUGUUUAAUAAAUUUUAUUUGGGAAAACAUAGCGGUAGAAAAUUGCAGUGGCAACCGACUUUAGGACAUUGUGUGUUGAAAGCAUGGUUUAACCAGGGCAAUAAAGAGCUGCAGGUAUCAUUGUUUCAAGCAUUGGUUUUAAUUCUAUUCAACGACAGCGAUAAUCUCUCGUUGGAAGAUAUUAAAGCCGCUACCAAUAUUGAAGACGGCGAACUGAGAAGAACACUGCAGUCCUUGGCAUGCGGAAAGGCUCGUGUUCUUCAAAAGAAUCCCCGUGGUCGGGACGUCGCCGACAAUGAUAGAUUUGUAUUCAAUGCAGAAUUCACAAACAAACUGUUCAGGAUUAAGAUCAAUCAAAUCCAAAUGAAAGAAACGAAUGAAGAACAAAAAGCAACAGAAGAGAGAGUGUAUCAAGACAGACAAUACCAGAUAGACGCUGCUAUCGUCAGAAUUAUGAAAAUGAGAAAAACUCUGACCCAUAAUCUUCUCAUCAGUGAGCUGUACAAUCAAUUGAAGUUUCCUGUGAAGCCUGCGGAUUUGAAAAAACGGAUCGAGUCUCUCAUAGACAGAGACUACAUGGAGCGGGACAAGGACAAUGCAAAUCAAUACAAUUACGUUGCGUAACCUAAAGCAAAUGCCAAAGUUAUAUUGACUUGUAAAAACGUCGCUGAUUUUUCUAGCAAAUUGAAUCUAUCGCCAUUGGUGUUUGUCUAACGUGAAUGUGAACGAGUUCAAACGAGAGAUUAUAUAACCAAUUCGACUGUUAAGAUAAAGUUAUAACGCGUGUGGUCAGUUCGUACAAAAGGGCAAAAAAAAGGAAAAAGACUCGGUUCAGUGGACUUCCCCGUUUUGGUUUUUAGUGUGUAAGAGAUGAACGAUUGCAAGUCUCCUUUAACCAGUGUUGUGUUGUUUCCGAAUUUCGCAAAAAAAUAAGAUAAAAAAGGAUGGCGGGCAAAAUAAGCUUGAUGAUAUAACGUCCUAGAAUAACAAUUUUUUAUGCAACACAGUUUUUCACAUCUACUUACGAUUAAGACGAUGUAAUAAAAAAUGCAAAAUGUACACAUACUGUGACACUAUCAUGAAAAUAGAGAGUAAGAGUGCAAUCGCAAUAUAAUUAGUUAAUUCAAAAAGUGAACAACAUGCAGUGCAGUAUUUAUAAUGAAAAUAAAAGAGCGUACUAUCUAUAUACAUACAUAUAUAUACAUAUAUAUACAUGUAUAUAUUAUCGUGGUACUUAUCUCUUUAAAA